UCUCGUAUAAGCGAGUGCACAGUAGUCUCCAGCGGCCCCCUCUAAAAUUGUCUAAUUAGGGUUUCAUCUUCCGUCUCUCCUGAUUCAACAGCACUGCGCCGUGUGUCCGAAGAGAAGUUUCAGUCGCGAUGGUGAAGGGCCGCCAAGGAGAGCGCAUCAGACUCUAUGUUCGAGGUACGGUUCUCGGCUACAAAAGGUCGAAGUCGAACCAGUACCCGAACACGUCGCUGAUUCAGAUCGAGGGAGUGAACACGAAGGAGGAGGUGGCCUGGUACCUCGGCAAGCGGAUGGCUUACAUUUACAAGGCUAAGGUGAAGAAAAACGGCUCUCACUACCGUUGCAUUUGGGGCAAGGUCACUAGGCCCCAUGGGAACAGUGGCGUCGUCCGCGCCAAGUUCAAGUCUAACCUCCCUCCAAAAUCCAUGGGAGCUAGGGUGCGGGUUUUCAUGUAUCCAAGCAAUAUUUGAGUAUGCCAGUCCCAGACGAUCUUGAUCAUUGUCAUUUCAUUAUAGGUGAAGAAGAUGUUCCGGGCUUUCUUGUUAGUUUUAAUUUUGGUUCAAAGAUUUUGUACUGCGAAAUUAAGUUAGAUGAUAAUUAUGGGAUGGUUUAAUUUUAGUAAAUGAAACGUCUCUGAGGAUGCUUAUGAAUAAUUCUUUUUAGGGCUUUCUACA